CCUGCCUCCCGCACUGACGGCGCAGCCACGGCGUGUCAUGCUCUCGGGGCACUGGGCACAGUGGCUUUUCGGUGGGGCUCCUGGCUGCACUGCGGGGCUACAGCCAGAAGAAAUUACUCCCCGAGGUCUCUCCACGGUCUAGCUCUGGUCUAAAACAGACGAGUCAGAUGCUGCCGAUCCCGAAGUGUGCGAGUAGCUGAGCGCUCCGUGCUGCGGCACCCACCUGGGCACAGCUGUUUUGCGGAGAAGCAGCCCGAGGAACCGACUUGUCCUAUGGCAUGUUACUUCAGACCAAGUCUGCGAGAUUUAUUCUGCAGCCUGCCUCGCUGCAAGAAGUGUCAAAGUAGCACAUUUUGUUUCUGCUGGGAGCCAAUACCAAUUGGUCAUAUGAAAAUCAUGCUCUGAAAUAGUGAGGGCGCUGCAGAAUAAUCACACAGCAACCUUUACUGUAAUGGUUGUUGGCACAGGGGUACCAAGGGCUUCUCGCUGCGAUGCAGAGGUGGCAAAUCUGACCACGUUCUCUCUUUUCACAGGGUACAGAGUGAGACCUGCAAAGACGUGCUAGAGGGACCAUCCCCCACUUGGCAUCCCGCUAGGUGGACUAUGGUGGCAGGAAGAUGCUGGCUCGGAAGAGUAUUAUUCCUGAGGAGUAUGUGCUGGCACGGAUCGCUGCGGAGAACCUGCGCAAGCCGCGGAUCCGGGACCGGCCGCGCAAAGCCCGCUUCAUCGCCAAGAACGGGGCAUGCAACCUGGCGCACAAGAACAUCCGUGAGCAGGGACGGUUCUUGCAAGACAUUUUCACCACGUUGGUGGACCUGAAGUGGCGUCACACGCUGGUCAUCUUUACUAUGUCCUUCUUGUGCAGCUGGUUGCUCUUUGCCAUGAUGUGGUGGCUGGUGGCUUUCGCCCAUGGGGACAUGGACCCAAGCAUUGAGUGCACUACAAACAGCACCAAGUGGACACCGUGCGUGACGUGUGUCAGGUCUUUCACUUCUGCUUUCCUCUUCUCCAUUGAAGUUCAGGUGACCAUUGGUUUUGGGGGCAGGAUGAUGACAGAAGAAUGUCCCUUGGCCAUCACAGUCUUGAUUCUGCAGAAUAUUGUGGGUCUGAUCAUCAAUGCCGUCAUGCUGGGCUGCAUAUUCAUGAAAACUGCGCAAGCUCACAGGCGGGCAGAGACCUUGAUUUUCAGCCGACAGGCAGUCAUUGCUGUUCGAAACGGCAAGCUUUGCUUCAUGUUUCGAGUGGGAGACCUGAGGAAGAGCAUGAUCAUUAGUGCCUCUGUGAGAAUCCAGGUUGUGAGGAAGACUACUACCCCCGAAGGAGAAGUCAUACCCAUUCACCAAGUAGAUAUCCCUGUGGAUAAUCCCAUUGAAAGCAACAAUAUUUUCCUUGUGGCUCCCUUAAUCAUUUGUCACGUCAUAGACAAACGAAGUCCUCUUUAUGAUAUCUCUGCUGCUGACCUGGCUCUCCAAGAUCUGGAGCUCAUAGUGGUACUUGAAGGAGUUGUAGAGACUACUGGCAUCACGACGCAGGCAAGAACCUCCUACAUAGCAGAGGAGAUCCUAUGGGGUCACCGCUUUGUGCCCAUUGUCACCGAAGAGGAAGGCGUAUAUGCCGUCGACUACUCCAAGUUUGGCAACACCGUCAAAGUCGCAGCCCCACGUUGCAGUGCUCGAGAGCUUGAUGAGAAGCCAUCGAUUCUCAUCCAGACCCUCCAGAAGAGCGAGCUGUCCCAUCAAAACUCCCUGCGAAAACGCAACUCCAUGAGGAGAAACAACUCCAUUCGGAGGAGCAACUCCAUGAGGAGAACCAAUCCCUCCCUCAUUGUGCCCAAAGUACAGUUUAUAACACCCGAGGGGAGCCAGAGUGCCUCUGAAACAUGAUAUUCAGCUUUAUGCAAGGUUGGGGGCUUCAAAAAGAGGAGGCACUCAUAGUGUUUUGUUUAAAUUUUCUUCUACUGAAGAAAAUGAGAUUAUGAUGCGGAACAGAACUCUACAGGAACUAUUUAUUCUACUAAUUACUGAAAGCACCACCUAAUGGCAUUAGGAAACACUCUAGCACUUAGUGUAUGAAUUAAUAAAAAAAGGCACGUACACCAAAGAGAACACAGUUCACCCAUGGAAUAUAGUAGGUAUUUAUACAUGUUUUAAUGGCAUGCUGUUUUUUUUUAAAUCGCAUUUUUCCUAUCAAGGGACCCUUUCCUAUCUUCUUCUGCUGUCUGUCGCAAAAUGUGUUUUUCUUUCUGUGUAACUAAGUGACCCACCUCCAGGCAGAAGUGAGUGCAUUUUCAAAACUGCUGGGCAUCAAAAGGUCCCACAGACUUUGUGGUGAAUAUUUGGAUAUCUAUCUUUUGGGGAUGAAUUCCUCAUUCUCUUGAAAUGACUAGCUAAAUUCCUCAGUGGUUUCACUGGAGAAGAGCCAGGAUUUUACCUUCAGCUUUGCAGAUCUUUUGUUUCCAUUGGUUUAUGGCAGUCUUUGGGAGAGAAGUUCAAGUCAGCUGAACCAAACCGACCCCGUACGGGAGAGCUGAGCUCCACUGUGGUGUCCUUGUGGGCCGCACCCGGAGGGCAAGAAGCACUGCUGGAGUACAAUGUGCAUUUGUAAUGCAGCUACAACUCAAGAUGAGAAACUCAAGUCUGUCUUGCUGCCAAAUGAGAAUCCAUUUCGCUAAAUUAUUCAAGUUGAAUAAAACACACCUUUUUUAGUGUUCUCUUCCUAGCAGUGGAAGACCAGAUUCUAUUUUUCUUUCUCUUACAGAUUAACACACUGAAGGUGAUAACUGUACUCCCUUCACUUAACAUUACUUGUUUGUGUUAGUAGAAGGUUACUCUUUUGACAGUGAAAACUCACGAAUGGGCGUGAGAGGUAAUAAUGCCAAUAAUUAAAAAGCUAAUAUUUUCAAAA